UAAAUGAAGUCCCACACUGUAUACUUCCCGCCUACCCACAGCACUAACCAAUCAGAAGCCGCGCAUUGUCGGCGCUGCUCUCCGAUUGGCCGCUAGCCGCAUGACUGACAGUCCGUGUGAAUGAAGUUUUUUCCCACUUUGGCUCCGCGAAGUUUCAGUGACGGGGGCAUCACUGCAGCGCACUGAAGGGAAGGAAAGAACAGAAGGGAAAAGAAGGGAGAGAGGUGCCCCAUCCAUCCAUCCAUCUAUCCAUCCACUGAAUGUUCCCGCAGGACUUUAUUAACGUAUGGCUGCAUGAGAGGCUUUGAGCUGUCGCGGUUUCUCUCUCCAGGACUGUUGGGUUACUGGUUCUGUCCUGAGUUUAAGCAGUUGUCAUAAUAAUAUAACCGAACUCUUCGCGUCAGGACGGGCGCAGGUGGUCAUGGAUACACCUAUCAGAUGGAAAGUAAAGCGGAGGUUUAAGGAGGUGCGGCUGUCGGUACUCCUAGUAUUCCUGAUGUUUGUCACCUCACGAGUCAGCGCAGCUGAGCCAGCUGAUCUCCUAAAGAUUUUAGAUUUUCACAGUUUGCCGGAGGGUGUAACAAAAACUACUGGCUUCUGCACACACCGGAAGUCGUCAAAAGGGCCUGAUGUCGCCUACAGAGUCACAAAAGAUGCACAGCUUAGCGCUCCUACUAAACAACUCUACCCCUCGUCCGUGUUUCCUGAGGACUUCUCCAUCUUGGCGACGGUGAGGCCGAAGAAAGGCAGUCAGUCCUUCCUGCUGUCGGUGUAUAACGAACAGGGCAUCCAGCAGCUCGGUCUGGAAGUGGGACGCUCUCCUGUCUUCCUGUAUGAGGAUCACCUGGGCAAACCCGGCCCGGAGGACUACCCGCUCUUCAGAGGGGUCAACUUGGCAGACGGAAAGUGGCACCGUGUGGCGAUCAGUGUUCACAAACAGAGCAUCACUCUGGUUUUGGACUGUAAGAAAAAGGUGACACGGACGCUAUCCAGAAGCCCUCACCCCAUCAUCGACACUAAAGGCAUCGUGGUCUUCGGGACGCGUAUCCUGGAUGAGGAGGUGUUUGAGGGUGACAUCCAGCAGCUGAUGAUUUUAUCGGACCAUCGCGCUGCGUUUGACUACUGUGAGCACUACAGCCCCGACUGUGAGGUUCCUGCGCCCGAACAGCCCCAGAACCAAGACCCAAACACUGAUGAAUAUAACACAGAGGAUGACAACUACUAUUACGAAUAUCCCUACUAUGAGGACAUGGACGCCGAAAAGACAGAAGAAACGGCAACCGAUGAAACGACUGGAACCGAAACUGAAGACCUAACGGUGUCUGUUCCGGAUAGCGGUCGCGUGGUUACGUCGGUUAUCACUAGUGGAACAGGAGGCUCCAGCAGUUCCUCGAGUAGCUCCUCGUCCUCCUCUUCUUCAUCCUCCAGCUCUACCACGACUACUGGCGAGGAACCGUACGACGGCUACGAUGGAUAUGAGACCGGAUAUGAAACAUACUAUGACGAGUCGACCUCGCGGCCUGACGGCUCCCGGACCAUCAGCAUCACUAGCACAGGCACAGGUACCGGCGGAGAAGUGGAUAUCGGACUGGGUGGUGAGGUGGAUUUGGGACUGGGAGGAGACCUGGACAGGCAGAUCAUCACAUCAUCAUCAUCAUCAUCAUCGUCGUCAUCAUCAGGAGGAGGAGGAAGUGGAAGAGUGCACUCAACUGUCACAGUCAUUCACAAUGGAACGUCUGGCUCGGUUUCCAGCUCCGGCUCCGGCACCGGCUCUAGCACCAGAAUCAUUACUAGCUCCGGCUCCAGCUCCAGCUCUGGAAUCAGUACCGGCUCCGACUCCAGCUCCAGCUCCAGAUCCAGCUCUACCUCGGUUGAUGGUGGUUAUGAUGAUACCCAGUACGGCGAGGGUUUUGAUCUGACCUAUGGAGAGGGAUAUGGAGAAGGAUACGGAGAGGGAGAUUAUACCGUGGAAGGAGGCGGUAGCAGCAGCAGCACUUCAGUGUCUGUAGGGGGAGGAUCUGUUUCUGUUGGAGGCGGGUCUGUAUCUGUUGGGGGCGGUUCUGUUUCCGUUGGAGGCGGGUCUGUUUCUUCAAGUGGCUCAGCUGGGGGCGGAUCCGGCAGCGCUGGGGCCAGCGUGGGGGCGGGGUCUGUUGCCACCGGUGGACAGGUGUCUGUAGGGGGUGGAUCUGUUUCUGUUGGAGGCGGGUCUGUAUCUGUUGGGGGCGGUUCUGUUUCCGUUGGAGGCGGGUCUGUUUCUUCAAGUGGCUCAGCUGGGGGCGGAUCCGGCAGCGCUGGGGCCAGCGUGGGGGCGGGGUCUGUUGCCACCGGUGGACAGGGAGGAAUAGGUGGAGAGGCAGAUUCCAUCGAUAUCGACAAGUUCAAGGAGGAGUCCAUCACGGAUUACACUGACGCAGAACUGGAGAAGAUUUAUGAUUAUGAUGACCUGUACACUGAUGGCGACAAAGCGCUGCCCGCAGAGACCGACGAGAUCUACGGACAGGUGGAUGGACUGAGGGGAGAGAAAGGCCAGAAAGGAGAGCCUGCCAUCAUUGAACCCGGAAUGCUGGUCGAAGGCCCAUCUGGUCCAGAGGGUCCCACAGGUCUCCCCGGUCCUCCAGGUUCAACGGGACACCCAGGUGGUGCUGGAGAGCCCGGUGAGAGGGGUCCUACUGGUCGCUCUGGUCUGCCUGGAGCUGACGGUCUUCCAGGACCUCCAGGGACUGUCCUGAUGUUGCCUUUCCGCAUGAGUACAGGAGGCGACAGCGGACAUAAAGGUCCUGCAGUUUCUGCCCAAGAGGCUCAGAUGCAAGCCAUCAUGCAGCAGGCCAGGCUGGCGAUGAGGGGUCCAACCGGACCCAUGGGCUUGACGGGCCGUUCCGGUCCUCUGGGUCCUCCUGGUGUUUCUGGACUGAAAGGAGAGUCUGGGGAAUCAGGACCUCAGGGUCCUCGUGGUCCACUGGGAUCCAUAGGCCCUCCUGGAAAGCCUGGUAGAAGGGGUCGACCCGGCUCAGAUGGAGCCAGAGGGAUGCCUGGACAGACGGGACCAAAGGGGGACCGAGGAUUCGAUGGGCUCGCUGGUUUGUCUGGAGAAAAGGGUCACAGGGGUGAGACAGGUCCUCAGGGGCCACCUGGGCCUUCAGGAGAGGAUGGAGAAAGAGGCAAUGAUGGUGAGGUCGGACCCAGAGGUCUUCCUGGAGAAUCGGGUCCUCGUGGUUUGUUGGGCCCCAAAGGUCCCCAGGGGCCCCCAGGAUCUCCCGGUGUGACUGGUACGGACGGACAUCCUGGACCUAAAGGAAACAUUGGUCCUCAAGGUGAGCCAGGACCUCCAGGACAACAAGGCAACCCCGGAGCUCAGGGACUUCCAGGUCCUCAGGGAGCGAUCGGACCUCCAGGAGAGAAGGGUCCCACUGGAAAACCAGGCUUAUCGGGAAUGCCAGGAGCCGAUGGACCUCCGGGCCACCCAGGAAAAGAAGGGCCAUCCGGAGAGAAAGGACAUCUGGGACCUCCUGGUCCUCAGGGGCCGAUCGGAUAUCCUGGGCCUCGAGGUGUAAAGGGUGCUGAUGGAGUCCGCGGGCUGAAAGGAAACAAGGGUGAAAAGGGAGAAGACGGAUUUCCAGGAUUUAAGGGAGAUAUGGGCAUCAAAGGUGACAGGGGAGAACUUGGUGCUGCUGGACCCAGAGGUGAAGACGGGCCUGAGGGACCCAAAGGAAGAUCUGGUUUACCUGGAGAUUCUGGACCACUUGGGUCGACCGGAGAGAAGGGUAAGCUCGGUGUGCCUGGGUUGCCAGGUUAUCCAGGAAGACAAGGCCCCAAGGGUUCUCAAGGAUUCCAGGGAUUCCAAGGAGCCAGCGGAGAGAAAGGCACGAGGGGGACAGCAGGAAAGCCGGGACCCCGAGGACAGAGAGGACCCACGGGACCCCGUGGUGAAAGAGGGCCGAGGGGACCAACUGGUAAAGCAGGACCAAAGGGCAACUCAGGAAGCGACGGCCCCCCAGGACCACCCGGUGAACGGGGUCCGUUAGGAUCAGCAGGACCUACUGGAUUCCCCGGCCCUAAGGGCCCACCAGUAAGUGAUGUUAACACUAGAAAUAACUAUAGAAAUCCUUCUUUCAUCCAAUCAUCUGGACCAACAGGUGAAACAGGACCAAUGGGAGAGCGAGGCCACCCUGGACCCCCAGGACCACCUGGUGAACAGGGUCUACCUGGACCUGCAGGAAAAGAGGGAGCAAAGGGAGAUCCAGGUCCUGCAGGACCUACGGGUAAAGACGGACCUCCAGGACUCAGAGGGUUCCCAGGCGAGAGAGGUUUACCAGGCCCUGUGGGGUCAGCAGGUUUGAAAGGGAAUGAAGGACCUCCAGGGCCACCUGGACCCGCUGGUUCUCCUGGUGAACGUGGUCCUGCUGGCCCAGCUGGACCUACCGGCCUCCCAGGUCGACCCGGACCUCAAGGACCCCCGGGCCCCACUGGAGAGAAAGGUGGACCUGGCGAGAAAGGACCUCAAGGCCCAGCUGGUAGAGACGGUAUUCAGGGACCUGUGGGACUUCCAGGCCCGGCCGGACCCAUCGGACCCCCGGGAGAGGACGGUGAUAAGGGCGAGCUUGGAGAGUCGGGACAGAAGGGAAGCAAAGGUGACAAGGGCGAGCAGGGCCCUCCAGGGCCCGUCGGUAGCCAAGGUCCUCCAGGUCAGCCGGGUCCACCUGGUGCUGAUGGAGAGCCAGGUCCCAGAGGUCAGCAGGGUCUGUUUGGGCAGAAGGGAGAUGAGGGUUCACGAGGCUUCCCAGGACCACCAGGACCUGUCGGCCUUCAGGGUUUGCCUGGACCCCCGGGAGAGAAGGGAGAGACUGGUGACGUCGGUCAGAUGGGUCCACCCGGUCCUCCUGGCCCCAGAGGCCCCUCCGGACCCCCAGGAGCUGAUGGACCACAGGGACCCCCGGGAGGAAUCGGCAACCCAGGAGCCGUGGGAGAGAAGGGAGACGCCGGUGAACUAGGAGAACCAGGCCCACAGGGAGACGUCGGCCCUCCAGGUCCAAGAGGAGAGCGAGGAGAAAAGGGAGAAGCCGGACCCGCUGGUUCUGCUGGGCCCCCCGGACCAAAAGGACCACCAGGAGAUGAUGGUCCUAAAGGAAGUCCUGGUCCAAGUGGUUUCCCUGGUGAUCCUGGUCCUCCUGGAGAGCCUGGUCCACAUGGUUUGGAUGGUGCUCCUGGAGAUAAGGGUGAUGAUGGAGAGCCUGGUCAGGCGGGAUCCCCUGGACCUACUGGUGAAACUGGCCCCACUGGACCUCCAGGAAAGAGAGGACCUCAUGGACCUGCUGGACCUGAAGGGAGACAGGGAGAGAAGGGUGCCAAGGGCGAGUCUGGUCUCCUGGGUCCACCUGGUAAGACAGGUCCAGUUGGUCCUCAGGGAAGCCCUGGAAAGCCCGGUCCUGAGGGUCUGAGAGGUGUGCCUGGACCAGUGGGAGAACAAGGGCUGCCCGGUGCUCCCGGACCCGAUGGACCUCCUGGACCGAUGGGUCCUCCUGGACUGCCUGGACUGAAGGGAGAUACUGGUAUUAAAGGUGAAAAGGGUCAUCCUGGUCUCAUUGGACUCAUCGGACCUCCAGGAGAACAAGGAGAGAAGGGAGACAGAGGGUUGCCAGGUCCAGAGGGAACUGCAGGACUCAAAGGAGACACUGGUAUUUCAGGACCUGCUGGACCUCUUGGACCCAUUGGACCUCCUGGUCUCCCGGGUCCUCCUGGUCCUAAAGGUGCUAAAGGAUCAUCUGGUCAGACUGGACCGAAGGGAGAAGCUGGAGUGCCAGGAUCUCCUGGACCUCCAGGUCCACCUGGUGAUGUCAUCCACCCUCUGCCCAUGCAGUCCAGCCCCAAACGGGCAAAGAGGAACAUUGACGCCAGCCAGAUGAUGGAUGACACUGCAGAUGCCAACUACAAAGACUAUGAGGACGGCAUGGAGGAGAUAUUUGGCUCACUGAACUCGCUCAAACUAGAGAUUGAACAGAUGAAACACCCGCUGGGCACACAGAGUAACCCCGCCCGCACCUGCAAAGACCUGCAGCUGUGCCACCCAGAUUUCCCAGAUGGUGAAUACUGGAUUGAUCCGAACCAGGGCUGUUCCAGAGACUCUUUCAAAGUGUACUGUAACUUCACAGCAGGUGGAGAGAGCUGCAUCUUCCCUGAUAAAAAGAGUGAAGGGGCCAGACUCACCUCUUGGGUGAAGGAGAAUCCAGGAUCGUGGUUCAGUGAAUUCAAACGUGGUAAACUGCUCUCAUACGUGGAUGUGGAGGGCAAUCCGAUCGGAGUGGUCCAGAUGACGUUCCUGCGUUUACUCAGUGCCACGGCUCGGCAGAACCUGACAUACAACUGUUACCAGUCGGUGGCUUGGCACAACCAGGACCUGGACUCUUACGAUAAAGCCAUCCGCUUCCUGGGUUCCAACGAUGAGGAGAUGUCUUACGAUAACAACCCGUACAUCAGAGCCGCCGUCGACGGAUGUGCGUUGAAAAAGGGUUAUGAAAAGACUAUUCUUGAGAUCAACACACCGAAAGUGGAGCAGGUACCAUUUGUUGACAUUAUGUUCAACGAUUUCGGCGGAGCGACGCAGAAGUUCGGCUUUGAGGUCGGACCGGCCUGCUUCAUCGGCUAAGACUGCUCAGCGAGCACGCGCGAACAAAACAUAUUCAUUUUCUCCGAAAACAAAACACAAGAAAGAAAUAGGAUGACUUGUUUGUAAAGUUUUGUGUUUCCAAACAAACCCAACAGAUACUAAAGUAAGGAUAAAAGAAAUUUGAAGAAAGAAUGGAUGUCCAAACAAUGGGUUCUUAUAACAGAGCAACCUUUUUAACCUCAGUGUACCCUCUGCAUCACAUGCAAGUUUUGAAACUGGAUGAGGUCAUCACUCAUGACUCUCCCAGCCCCGCCCACUUUACACUCAUCCGACUCUUCGCCCCUCCCACAGGCUGUAUAGACAGAUUAGAUCCAUACUUUUAUUUCCCUCCUGUUCUUGGACUUGUAGCUCUAUGCACAUACGAGAAAUAUUUUCCGUUGGUUUGUUUGCUUGGGUUUUAUGUUGUUCCUCUUUCCACUUCUAAGCUUUGUUUUUUGUGCAUACUUGUCUUCCAUUCCCUGGAAUGGUGAUUAUAUAUAUAAAUAUAUAUAAAUAUUUUUUUCUAUGUUUGUAAGUACUUUCUGUAUAUUUUUUUUUCCGGUGAAGUGUUUUUUUUUUGGUUCUGGCUUCAAAACAUGCAUGUGAACCCAUUGAGCGAUAAGGACAGAGCUGCUGGUUA